GAGAGCGGUCAGGUUGUGCCUGCUUUUUUACGCAUGAGUAAUGCAGGCAGUGACAGCCAAGACUGUAUUCAAGGACGCGGCCCUGAUGCAUAUUAAUUAUAGUAAAAUAGAGAAAGAGGAGAGAGAGAGAGAGAGAGAGAGAGCAACUCAGGUACACACUGGAGCGCAUUCUUGGGCGUGGGACAAGAGGAGGGGAUGAGGAGGGGGCGUUUUUUUUGGUGCACAAGAAAAGCCGCUUAUUCACAACACUCCCAGAAGUAGGUGUAGGGCAGGCCACCUAGACACAUGCGUUGCAUUGUUCUUCAAUUAAAAUAUACACAUCGAGACUAAGGGGCUUCCGGAGGAAUUCAUUUGCACCGGAAAAUGGUUUCGCAAUGUUAAUUGACAUUAGAUGCGCUUCUUUUGUUCACCCGCAUCUAUACUUCCCGUUGUGACUGUCGAGGCACACUAGUUAGGUGCGAUCGCAAAUGACUUGACAUAGAUAGUGGUGGUCGCAGUGAAACACUUUCUUUCUGAAAAAUAGAGGAAGAAUUGAACACGAUGACUGACCAGUACAGUAUGUUUCUCACCACCGCUCCCCCUAUGAGAAGAGGAAGCACCCCUCUACCAAUCAAGCACCAGCUGAAGCGGGAGGAGGCCGUAUCAGAGGACCAUGACUGGACACCAGGGAUUGACGAACCUGCCACGCUGCCAAUCAGUGACGCCCUUUGCCGGGAUGAAUCAUUUAGUCAAGCGUCGGAGGGGUAUCAUGGGAGUGCUAUAAGGAUCGUACUACUUGGGCAGAAUGGGGUUGGAAAAUCAGCACUCUCUCUGGCCCUGGCCGGACUGUCAGACAGCUCACUGUCUGUGGACUCUGAAACAGCCUGUGGAGAAGGCUACGAGCGCACGGUGUCCGUUGACGAUGAGGAGAGUUCAGUCAUCAUUUAUGACAACUGGAAACAGGACCUGUCUACAUUGCAGUGUGAGGUGGUUGUCCUGGUGUUCUCUGUGACAGACAGGAGAAGUUUCCACCGCACCGCCCAGCUCCGCCUCAUCCUCAGGGAGUCGCUGCCCCACACUCCCAUCAUCCUCGUGGGCAACAAGAGUGACCUCGUCCGCUCUCGGGAGAUCAGCACAGAGGAGGCCCACUCCAGUGCCAUGAUGUAUGAAUGCCAGUAUCUGGAGCUGUCUGCCUCCCUGGACCAUGGCACCACCGAGCUGCUGGAGGGAGCGGUGAGGGCUGCCAGGGGCGACUGCGUUGGGCCGGGCUGGACGGAGGGGGACCCUGGGGCGGGGCGCAGGGAGAGCCUGACCAGCAAGGCUAAGCGCUUCCUGGCUGGCCUGGUGCCGCGGUCCUACGGCCGAGGAGACCGGGACAGGGGUCAGUACAGAGAGAUGAGCAGACACCGGGGAAGCAAGAUCCUCCGACAGAAAUCACGCUCCUGCCAUGACCUCAGUGCAAUGUGACACAUCGGACGGACCGAGAUAGACGGGUGAGGUGUGUGAAAAGGGGAGGGGAAAAAAUGGAAGAAAACAGAGGAUGGGAGAUGAGUUAUGGAGGGAAAAACGGAUGGGGGAUGGUGAGAAGUGUAGCAAUGGAGAGGGACGGGCCGUUAGAAAUGAAGCUGUACCUUAGGGGGAGAGAGUGCGAGAGGUGAAGUCAUUAGAAUAGCAGGAUGGGAUGAAUACUAGUCGACUCAUUAUGCAAUGUAGAGGGGGAAAAAACUGUCACAUUGGAGAAAGAAUCAAGAAAAAGGAGAUUGGAAAAUGAUUGUGCAAGAUGGAAAAUAAUGAGUGUCAAAUAAACACACACACACACACGAGGCAUGCACUGUCUAAUUAUGUAGAGACUGAUAGAGAUCUAACGUAGACCUAGGGCUGUAUUCAAUCCGGAUUGCUGGAGCGUUCCAGAUUGCGCGCUAGAAAAUGUCUAGGUAAUUUCCGAUUGAGUCGACAUAUGCAGCGUUUACCGUGAAUGCAGUCUCCGCUAACGUGAUACGGAUUGAAUAGAGCCCCUUAUAUAGUCCCUGUUUUUAAAAGCAUGCUGUUACACAGUGAAUAGAGUUGCAGAGAGAGGACUUGCCCCUGUAGGCUCAUAUGACAAUGUCUUGUAUUCCCAUAUUGGCCGGUAGCUACGGUAUACUGCCCCCCCCUGUGAUCUCCAAUGCAAGGCCAUUUAUAAAAGCCUCAUCCAUGCACUUUUUAUACUGUGGGUUCAGAACAGAUUUCAUGUCGCUGCAUAAUCCCUUUAAAUCAGGUAUAGAUUUGGGAGAAAAAAAAUUCUACAGCAACCCCACAGAGAAGAGAACUUGGUUGGAGCGGGUCAUACUACAGUAGCUAUUCUGAAAGUAAAUGUAGGCUCAGGUCUUGCGAUUAUAUGAAAUCUGGCCACCUAUCCCACUACACGGUGGUAUGGUAAACAUCCCUGCACUCAGUUAUGAUCCUAUAAUAGGGACUGGAGUUUUUCCUCACCAGGAAAAACUCCAGGCCCUACCUACAUAUGCAGCUACUGCAGAGCCUAGCGAUAAGUAAAUAGCUCUAAAUGAAAAGAAGCAAUACUUGUAACUAGGGCCCAGAGUUUUUCCUGUUCACAUGACUUGAAGACCUAACCAGGGAAAACUCUGGUCCCUACACAGACUGGCAGAACCCACUCAACUAACUCCUGGCUGAGUCAGAGCAUGUUGGGUUGCUACAGGAAGACCGACAAAGAUGAGGGUUGAGGAGAUGACGAGAGACUCAACUAAUUGUGGCUGUUUCAUGUUAGUUUUUUUUUUACCUGCUGAAAUUGUAUACACACACUACAUACUUACAUAUAGGACAUUUGCAUAUAUGGAUAACUACCAAAAUAAAGGAAACACCUAGAUAUUAGUGUCUUAAUAGGGCAUUGGGCCACCACGAGCCGCCAGAACAGCGUAAAUGCGCCUUGACAUAGACUCUACAAGUGUCUGGAACUCUAUUGGAGGGAUGUGACACCAUUCUUCUGAGAAAUUCCAUAAUUUGGUGUUUUGUUGAUGGUGGUGGAAAACGCUGUAUCACUGAUCUCUUCUAGCCAUGGUAGCCAUGGCUGUGCAUUUUUAUACUAGCCCAAUGUUGUAGUCGAGUCACUAAACCUUGGAGGUCGAGUCUCGAGUCCCUAUGGCUGAAUUCGAGUCCGAGUCCCCAAUGGUUGAGUUGCGUCCAGUUUAUAAUAGGUCUUAUUAUGCAAUUGUUUCUAGUCACCACCAGAUGGCAGUAUAUUGCCACUCAUGUGGAAACCCAACUAAUUUACUAUUCACCACUACCUCACAAGUUCUACUCAAUACCUGUGUUUCACUACUUAUUUACUACAUAAAUUAAUGGUAUAUCAGGCUCUCCAACUAUGUUUUUGUUAUCGCCCACUGACAUUUGUGUCGUUUUUUUUUAUUAUUGCAGAGUGAAAACUAAAGGGAGACUGGCUAUGGGAUGCAGGGUGGAAAUUGAGAGGGUAGAGCAAGAUGACAAAUUCAAAGACGGCCUACUUUUCUAUUGUCUAGGAGAGAGAGAGAGACAAAUAGCUAGACUGUUGUUUUACUAUUAAACUCAAUACUAUUGUUUUCAAUUUGGUAAAGCUAAAUAGUAGACUGGUGGUUACAGGGAAGCAAGAGAGACACUUGUGCGAUGUGUAGCCUAUGAUUGGAGCCUGACUGCCCACAAGCAUCGCUUGCUCCCCGCAGCUCACAAGCUGAUGUAGGCUGCGUGUGCCGGGUGUGGCACGUCCUUCCCACUGCUAGAGAGCAGAAUCCUUGCUGCUCUGCACACCUAGUGCCACUUAUAUUCUACGUCUCAUAGUAGCCUAUCCAGUCCAAGUGCAAAGUUACAAGAAGGCGAGUCCAAGUCAACAGUGGCAUCCUGGUCUCAGAUCAUUUUGUAUUAUUCUAGAUGUAAAUCCGAGACUCCCAUUUAGUAUGAUAUAUUACGUUUCGUAUGGUAUGUAUUAAUUUUUGGAUGCCCAUGUAAUUCAUAUGAUAUUUUACGAAUUCCAAUUUGUUGUGGCUAAUAUUAGCUAGGCUAUGAGUUAGUUGAAAGGGUAAGGGUUCGUUUAAAGGGUUAAGGUUAUGGGAAGGGUUAGUUAACAUGCAAAGUAGCAAGUAGUUAAAGUUGUCCAUGAUGAGAUUCGAACGCACAAUCUUUGAAUUGCCAGACUUUUUUUGCAUUAUGCAUCCACCCCGACCAAUCACCGUCCUUUCAUUUUUGCCUUAAGUAACCUUCUGUCUUAUGUAGCCAUACCUAACAUAUCAUACUAAUUUGAGUGUCUCAAAUUUACAUUUACUUUGUUACGUCUAGUCUAUGAGACCAGGCUGCCAAUGGUCGAGAAGUUGAGUCCGAGUCACCAAUGGUCGAGUCCAAGUUAAGUCACAAGUCAUGAAAAUCGGACUUGAGUACGACAACACUGACCCUAAGCAUGAUGGGGGAUAUUAAUUGCAUAAUUAACUCAGGAACCACACCUGUGUGGAAGCACCUGAUUUCAAUAUACUUUGUAUCCUUCAUUUACAUAAGCGUUUCCUUUUAUUUUGGCAGUUACCUGUACAUGAACUACCAUAGAACAGAGCAUUACUGUGGGGGCUGGCCACACAGGCAAACACAACAAUAAGCGUUCUGGAAACGUUGCUUGGAUGUCUUGUCAGCGUGUGGCAACUACAUUGACAUACAUUAGCUACACAUGCUCACUCAUUUGUCACUGUCUUAUUACACACACUUGUCUUUCAAAAGAUAAUAAAUUCAUUUUGUUUGACAUCCUU